AUGCUGCAGACUCUUAUAAAGCACUUUGCUUCAAUGGAUGGCUUUAUGAAAAGAUCAAAGAACAGAUGGCGUAGACUCAAAGCAAGCAAUCCCACGCCCCUCAGCCUCAGGAAAGGGAAAAGGACCCACAACGACAUCAAAUCCUCCAUCCAAAAACCCUCUUCCAUUUCUUUCAUUUUACAUUAAAAAGAUGCAACAUAGCAAACCCAGCACCACAUUCUGCAAAUUCCUUGAAGAAAUGGCUGCAACUGCUCCUGUGGCCAUAGGAACUAGAGGCACUGUGGGCUCACUAGUCAAGAAGGAAAUUGACUAUUUCGCCAAAAUUGAGUUUGAAAGAUGCAGCGGCAAUGACAUGGCUUCUUCAAGCCGCCGCAGCAGUUCCCCGCCAACUUUCUGGCAUACAGUAAUGUCAUGGCGAAGGAAGAAGAAGAGAAUCGGCAAUCGGUUCAUCACGAAGAUUUGCUCGGCUUUCGAUGUCUCGGGAAGCAAUCGGCUGAAUAAGAUUUCUGGGUUCAAUUAUACGAUCCUUCAGAAUGAUUUCAACAGCUUGCAUAUGUAGAUGAUGGUUUCACAAUCCUCUCAAUAUGUAUCAUCAUCAGGGAUUAGCAAGAGAAGCCCACCAAGCAGCUUCCUAAAUGCGAGUUAUUUGAUGUUUCUACUUGCUAAUGCUUUCUAAGACUUGCGUUUCCAAAUUUUGAAGGAAACUUCAAAGGAUCCGAAUGAGACCCUGGCGCCCAUAGUCUGCAGUUCAUGAGUAAAAUGAGCCAGAGAAAAAGGGAAUCAAUCAGCAGUUUCAACCAUCAAGGUAAUCCAGUUUUGAAGAAAAUAUUCAAAUUUUCUCCUUGCGGAUCCAUGAGAAAGAAAAAGAGGGAUAGAAACAGUAGCAAGACGUGAUUUGAUGCUUGAAAAUAUUAUAACCUCUUCAAUAUUGCAGUCUUCACUACUCUUUCCAGCCACCCCAAACCACAGAUUCAAGAGUUCUUGAUUUCAUUCAAGUUUCCGUGCCUUAUCCUCUCAAUUUGUAGUCUGUAGAACAGAAUCGCAGUAAAUAUUUAUAUGAUUUCAUUCAAGUUACCACCUGUAUUUCCCCAUGGAAUGAAUCGUCAAAAUGUACACAAGGUUGAGCAAAUACAUUUGUAA